AUGCUAGAUUCAGAUGCAGAAGUUCUUCCAGAUGUUUUGGCAGAAUAUGAAAAAUUACUAAAAAAGUCAUAUACGGAAAAUUUUGAUGAAUUAUAUAAGACAGAUCUAUUAAAAGUAAUAGGAAAGGAUGGAUAUGGUUCACAUAUUGUUCUUUUAGUUCCUUGCUUUAUAGUAUCAUCUGGAGCUGAUCCUGAAAAAACAUUAAGAUAUGCAAUAUUAACAUUAGAUCCUAUAGUGAAAGAAGAUUAUGUUUUAAUAUUAUGUGAAACUCAUACAAGUUGGUUAACUGACGCUGUUUAUGCAUACGCUAAGCAAUGGUAUGAUACCUUACCAAGGAAAUAUAAAAAAAAUUUAAAGAAGUUGUACCUUGUACAUAGUGGAUUUUUAUCAAAAACAUUGUUAACAAUGCUAACGCCAUUUGUUUCAGCAAAAUUUUGGAAGAAAGUAGAAUAUAUAGAAAAAUUAGAAGAUCUGUUUUUAAAAUUAAAUAUAAAACCUACUAAUUAUCUAAGACAUUUUCCUUAUAUAGUUCAAAGAAAUGAGGAGGUAAUGCUAGGUGAAAAACCAGUUUCAGUGUUUGGUGCUGACUUAGAAAUAUUAUGCCAAAGGUUUGGAAAAACAUACAAAGAAUUUAAUCACAUUCCAUCAAUAAUUGUAGAAUUUUUGAGUCAUUUAUCUAAGCCUGAAAUUGUUAAUACAAAAGAUUUAUUUUACUUACAAGCAGAUGCAAAUACAUUAUAUGGUAUAAUUGGUGAUAUAGAGUAUGGAGAACCAACAACUGAUUUUAACAACAUACCAGCUCUGGUUUGUUCUUUUAAACUUUUUUUAGAUGCUCAGAAACAUGGAUUACUAGGUAAAGAUGCUUUUUCAAGGUUACAUCAUUUAAAGAGUGUAUCUGCAUCUAACAAAGUUAUAAGAGCUACUUUAUCAAAAUUAUAUGAGAAACUUGAACCAGGAGUUAAACAAUGUGUGUUAUGUCUGUUGAAAUUUUUUCAAAAUGUCUCAAGUUAUUCAAAUGAAAAUAAUAUGACACCAGAGACAUUAGGUAAAAUAUUUUCUUCAACAUUUUUUAGAGGAAGAAAACCUAAUGCAACUUUUACGGAAUGCAUAAGCUUAGCGAAUAAGUGCAUGGAAAUGCUUAUUGAAAAACCAGAUAUUUUAAUUGAAACUGAGAAUUUUGAUUCAAAUAGCGAGGAAAGCGAAAGUUGUGAAACGAGUUCGGAUAGUAGUAAAUUAGAAGGUAGUAAAGAAAAAAAUUAUAAAGCUAAUAAUUCCAAUGAAUCUAGUAGUGAUUCCGAUGAUAGUAAAGAUAAUAAUAGUAAAUCAAGUGAAUCUGAUGGAGAUUCGGAAAAGAGUUCUGAACAAAACCUAGAACAAUCUUCUUCGAAGUCCAUAGAAAAAGAGAAUAUAGAAAAAAAAAAAAGCUUAGAAAAAAGUGACUCAAAAAAAGAAGACUCAGAAGAAGAUUCAGAAGAAGAAUCAGAAGAAGAAUCAGAAGAAGAAUCAGAAGAAGAAUCAGAAGAAGAAUCAAAAGAAGAAUCAGAAGAAGGGGCAAAAAAAGUUAAUUUUAAAAAAAGCGAUUCUAACAUAGAAUAA